GCGUGACAAAAUGCCCAUGGCCAUUGUCAUUUUUUCGUCCGGCAAUGGCGACGCUUCCCAAAUCUUAUUUUUCUCCACGGAAAAGGUGUGACUAGACGGAGUACACAGCGAUGCCGGAGGAGACCACAUCGAUCGACUAUGUCAUGGAGGCUGCCUCCGGGCCCCACUUCUCGGGCCUCCGCCUUGACGGUCUCCUCUCUUCUCCGCCUUCUUCUUCUGCUUCUUCACCUGCUCAUCGAUUUACUUCCGCUGCCGCUUCUGCUCUGGAUUCAACCCUACCCUGUGAUUCUACUCCCGCACGGCCCUUCGUUAUCGGUGUUUCGGGAGGUACAGCUUCAGGGAAGACCACUGUUUGUGACAUGAUAAUCCAACAGCUACACGAUCACCGCGUUGUGCUAGUCAAUCAGGAUUCGUUUUAUCGUGGUUUGACGCCUGAAGAAUCGGAACGUGCACACGAGUAUAAUUUUGAUCAUCCUGAUGCUUUUGACACUGAACAACUAUUAGAAUGCAUGCAAGAACUCAUAAGUGGCCACUCAGUUCAAGUCCCAAUUUAUGACUUCAAGAAGCACCAGCGCUCUUCAGAUAGUUUUCGGCAGGUCAAUGCUUCUGAUGUCAUUAUUUUGGAGGGAAUUCUUGUGUUCCAUGACCAACGUGUUCGUGAUUUGAUGAACAUGAAAAUCUUUGUUGACACAGAUGCUGAUGUGAGGCUUGCUCGUAGAAUUCGACGUGAUACAGUGGAGAGGGGUAGGGAUAUAAACUCUGUUCUUGAACAGUAUGCAAAGUUUGUCAAGCCUGCCUUUGAUGAUUUUGUUCUUCCAUCAAAGAAAUAUGCUGAUGUGAUCAUCCCCCGUGGUGGUGAUAAUCAUGUUGCCAUUGAUCUGAUUGUCCAGCAUAUACAUACAAAACUUGGUCAACAUGAUCUAUGCAAAAUAUAUCCGAAUGUGUAUGUCAUCCAGUCAACGUUCCAGAUAAGGGGGAUGCACACAUUGAUUCGUGACAAAGAUAUAUCAAAGCAUGACUUUGUAUUUUAUUCAGACCGACUCAUACGUCUGGUUGUUGAGCAUGGCCUUGGCCAUUUGCCUUUCACUGAAAAGCAAGUGGUUACUCCAACAGGAUCUGUCUAUACUGGUGUUGACUUCUGCAAAAAGUUGUGCGGUGUUUCUAUUGUCCGAAGUGGUGAAAGCAUGGAGAAUGCUCUACGAGCAUGUUGCAAAGGCAUAAAAAUUGGAAAGAUUCUGAUCCACAGAGAUGGAGAUUAUGGCAAGCAGCUUAUAUAUGAGAAGCUUCCCAAGGACAUAUCAGAACGGCAUGUCUUGCUUCUUGACCCUGUCCUAGCUACUGGUAACUCUGCAAACCAAGCAAUUGAGCUGCUCAUACAGAAGGGAGUUCCAGAAUCUUACAUAAUAUUCCUAAAUCUCAUUUCUGCACCGGAGGGAAUCCAUUGUGUGUGUAAAAGGUUUCCAUCCUUGAAAAUUGUCACAUCCGAGAUUGAUGUUGCCUUGAAUGAAGAGUUCCGUGUUAUCCCAGGAUUGGGUGAGUUUGGUGAUCGUUACUUCGGAACUGACGAUUAAUCUUGCAGUUUGAGUUAAUGACUUAACGUGGAGUUCAUCAUGUCGGUGGCUGCAGCUUAAGGGAAUUUUAUAAAGAUCCUUCAGCGAACAUGUGUUAUUUAACUGUAGUUGUCAAAAUAUAUCGAUGAAAACAAUGUGUUUAAUAUAUUCGGUAUGUUAAAUUGUUAAUGCAUGAAUUUUUCCCCCCUUUGAUAACAUAAUGCAUGAAUUGUUUUAGCUAUUA